AUGACAAGCAAGAACCUAAGCUCGAUAAUCGCCGCGGGAAGUGGCAUGAUUGAACCUCGCGAUCUAGCAAAUAGGAACCGUCUGAAGGACAAGAUCAUCGCAGUAAUGAGAAGUGCAGGAACCGCGGAAGUUCCGGGAGACAUGAUUACCAACAGCCGGUGGUUAUGGUCGACGGAUGACACGAGCGGUGCAGUUCUACCAAGCUACGGGAUCCCAGUUUCGAUGACGGAACUCGAGAAAAUGGUCAGCGAGAAAGUCCUGCAGGACUUAGACGACGUAGAGGACGAUGACAGCGGCUACUUAAAAUUCGUGACGAAUGGAGCGUACGUACUGGAAACCAGGAACUGGCUAGAAGUCAGGGAUCCAGGAAUAUCAUCCGAAGAAGCGAAGAAAGAAGCAGCCAAGAAAUCAUCGCACUUCUUCGAAAAGAUCAAGAACGCCAAGAAGAGCACCGCAGACAAGUUUCGAGAGGCGGCUCGCCUAGCGCGGGAAGCCAUGUUGGCUCUACUAAACGGGAGUGAAGGUGAGAUAAGAGUACUCCGGGAUGCUGUAGCGGAAGGAGGUCAAUUCUACUCACUUGAACACUUCACCAACACCGUCGUUCACAACGACAGCGCAGCAUGCUUGAAUACAGGAAGGAACAUGGUCACAACUAUGGAGUCCCUCCGCAAUAUGAUGGCUAUCAACAGCAGCAGGUUGAACUUCACCACGAUGACUAGAGCGUUCUUCACGGAGUUCAAAAAGAACCUCUGUAAGUCAGAGGGGACGGACAAGAUAUCAGGAAACAACGCCAUCGGCUCAAAGAAAACGUUGAGCGAGAAAGAAGCUGAGACCCAGAUCUUGUCAAGGAUUGCAACGUGCUGUGCGCUGAUCACGGUGGACGCUAGAACAAUCGAGAAAAUUGAAGACGAAUUCCACAAAAAAACGGGGAAGACGUCGACUCCAGUUGAAUUCUUCAAGAACGCCAAGAUCUACCAAGAAAUCGCAGCCGCGGAAAUCAGGAGAUGCCCGAAGCGAAUCGCAACGGUCAAGAAGAUAACUGAAGAAAGUGGUGAUCACGAUCAAAACGAGGAAUUGGUAGCGAAGAUCGGUGAUAAGUCAAAAGGGUCGAAAAGAGGCGGAGGCGGCGGCAGAGGUCGCGGCGGUGGUCGCGGAGGUCGAUAUUCCAACGGUCGAGAUGACAGCGAUCGCGCGAAGAAGCAGCCAAAGGACGGCAAUGAGGACAACAAGGACUCAGCCGGCUCCAAGAAAGAAAGCACUCCAUGUUGGCACUGCAAAGUAGCCAUCAGAAAAUGGAACGUGUACGAUCACAAGCCCUACGACUGCCCUUAUAGAAAGAAGGCGUUGAAGAUGAUAAGAACGAUGCACAAGAAAGAGGAACAAGUCGGACAAGUCCAUGAACAGCGCUCCAGCGAUUCGGCAUCAGAAAACGGAGGAGCUGGAAUGUGGCAGUUGAGUUGA